AUGAGAUGUGCGUCGAUCAUUCGAAUGAUGAAUCACUUCCUGACGGAGGAGGUGUUCACGAAUGGGGUUAGCAAAUACCUCAAGGAAUUCGAAUACCAGAACGCAGUGCAGGACGACCUUUGGGAGCACUUGAACGACGAGGCCAACACCAUGCAAAUCGUCGAUCUCCCGGCCACGGUCAAGGAAGUCAUGGACACUUGGACCCUGCAGACCGGUUACCCUGUCGUGAACGCCAUGAGGGAUGGUCAAAAUGUCACCGUCAAUCAGAAACGGUUCCUGCUGGACUCGACUGCGACGGAGGAGACGCCGACCUACUGGUACGUCCCGUUGAACCUGGUCCGGUCGAGCAACGUCGCGGAAUUCGAUUCGACGAACGCCACGGUUUGGCUCUACCCCAAUGCGUCCAGCGUCGAGUUCACGCUCGACCAGGACGAUGAGUGGUACAUCAUCAACGCCCAGCAGACCGGGUACUACCGGGUCAACUACGACGAGAAGAACUGGGAGGCUCUGAACAAAACCCUCAGUGAGAGUCAUGAAGUUAUCCAUGUCAUCAACAGGGCUCAAAUCCUGGACGACGCCCUGAACCUGGCCCGGGCGGGUCUCCUCAACUAUACCAUCGCCCUGUCCCUCACCCAAUACCUGGGGCAGGAGAAGUCCUACAUCCCCUGGGCGACCACGGCCGACAACCUCAGCUACCUUCGGCGCAUGCUCGAAACUUCUGGGAAAUACGAAGAAUACCGGGCCUAUAUCCUGAGCCUCAUCAAAGAUGUGCUGGCAAGAGUUGGCUUCGAGUUCCCCGUAUUGGAAGAUGUGCCUGCCAACGGGAACUACCCGGACGUGACGGAGGUGAUGUACAAUGAGCUGAUCUGGGGAACUGCCUGUCAGAUGGGGGAACCCUGGUGCCACGGCAAUGCCACAGAACAGUUCAGAAAUUGGAAGGGAAAUUACAACCAAUCUGCACCGGACCAAGCCCUCCUGAACCCGAACAUUAAGGGACUCGUGUACUGCGAAGGAGUCCGCUCCGGCACAGUGGAAGAUUGGGAUUUCGUCUACGAGCAUUACAACAAAACCAACUACGCUGCCGAGAGGACGCUGCUCCUCGCGGCCAUGGCCUGUACCAAGGAGUCCUGGCUGCUCAACAAAUACCUGUACAUGCUGCUGGACCCAGUCACGAACGGGAUCCGUAGCCAGGACGUGUCCCGGGCCUUCGCCUACAUCGCAGCGAACCCCAUCGGGAGGGCUGAGGCCUUCAAGUUCGUCAAGGUCAACUGGGACCAUCUGAAGGAAUCGUACGGCGGAGGGAUCAGCGCUCUGGGCAGGUUCAUCUCGCCGUUCAGCAACUUCAACACCCAAUACGAACUCGAACUGCUGCAAACACUGAAGCGGGAGAACGAGGGCACGCUGGGGUCGGCCGCGAGGGCCAUGGACCAGACGAUCGAGUCGGUGGUGAUCAACAUCGAGUGGAUGAAUAAGAACUUCGACGCGGUCGUCGGGUGGCUGGAGGCGAACAACGCCGGGGGGAGGGGUAUCUCCGUCUUGUGAUCCGUUCUGUGAUUAUUAUCGUGUGAUUGAGGCGAUUUGUGCCGAUCGGGGAAUAAAUGGGUUGGGGGGAC